GAUCAUUAGAUAUAUAUAUAUGUACUGUAUCAUUUUACUUUUACUUACAUUUUUGACACUUUGUGAAUAUGGAACCUGGACUGUUUUAAUGGAUCAGGUGGAGUUAUUCACCAGCUAUAGAAUGAGUUGUUGUUUAUGUUUCUAAGACUGCAGGGUGGGAGAUGCAACAAUGUCUUUGAGAACAGCAGAAAGUGUGUUGGGGGUCUUUCUCUGGUCUGUAGCAGGUAUGUGGUCUGUAGCAGCUCUCUCUCCAGUGUCCAUCCUGACCCUAACUGGGACACACACACCACUGAAAAUGAGGACCAGACACUCUGGCAGUAGUGUGAAAAUCCCCCACAGUGACACGUUCACAUCUCUUCAGAGAGACGCUCAGCACUCCGUAUAUCAGACCAUCCAGGGGAGAGAACCACCACAGAACCUGGACUGAUAGAACCACCACAGAACCUGGAGGGAAGAGAACCACCACAGAACCUGAAGGGAAGAGAACCACCACAGAACCUGGAGAGAAGAGAACCACCACAGAACCUGCACUGAAGAGAACCACCACAGAACCUGGAGGGAAGAGAACCACCACAGAACCUGAAGGGAAGAGAACCACCACAGAACCUGGACUAAAGAGCUAUGGCCCCAAACCAAAGCUAGUCCUUACACUCUAUUCUCUUGCUAAUAUAUCGUUAUAAUAUAAUGAAGGUUCACCCAAGUUACAAAAUGACACAUUGGUUUCCCUUCCCUUUUAGCAGUCUAUGAACAUGGUGACAUCAGUCCCUGCUUUGGUUUAGUUUCCCCUGACACUGUUUCCACCUGCUAACAUUUUAGCAUUCGUGGCACAAAUCCCAUUCGUCAUGUGACUGAUAAGAGGCAUUUCUCGCACAUUUCGAAAAUCAAUCAAAAGUUUAAAAAAAUGCGUUGUGAAGGUCAACAAAGUCACUUCUAGAUGAUUUGAACAUGAUGAGAGAAUGUUAAUAUCAGUCCCGUGACUUGAAUGGGAUUUUUGUAAAUGUGGGAGUAUUCGACAUUGUGGCUGACUUUAUAGGCAAGUCGAGAUCUACAAAUCACCUUGCAUGAUGAAUAACUACUCAAUAUUAUUUAUAGAUCAUUCAGUCAGUCACAAUUUACCCAUAAUACAUCAGUUUUGAUGUUCUCGAACACUGUCUGAGUGACUGCUGAAGGAAGCCUUCUCUGCAUAAGCUUCUUGGUCCCUGACAUAGAGUUGGACAGAAGGUACAUCUUGACAUCUUUGUCAUGAUGUCUUCUGUGACAGAAUGAGCAGCACCAUUGAGGGCUAUUUCCGUAUUAAAGUAGUUAAUAUCUUCAACUUCCAUAAGUUUAAUAACAGUCGGUAUACCAACUGAAAUGGUGUAUUCAAUGGCUUUAGUCAUGCUAAAACAGGCUUUGAAGCAAGUACGCCCUCUAUUCAACUCUAUCGUCCCUGACUGCUUCAAUGUUGUGUCAACCGGACUUCAAACCUCACACUCAGUGUCUAUUUAUAUAGACUUCCAGUAAGUUAACUUGCAACACAUCUCCCCUUCACUCUACUGCAGGGUGGGUGAUGCAACAAUGUCCUUGAGAACAGCAGGAAGUGUGUUGGGGGUCUUUCUCUGGUCUGUAGCAGUGGUACUGGGUCAGGGUGUCUGGAGUGUGACCUACACCAAGAAUAGUAUCUGUGCCUUGAAGGGGUCAACAGUGGAUCUGUCCUGCUCUUACACAUAUCCCAGAGGUCAUAAAGUUACAACAACCACAUGGUAUAACUGGAAGAUGGGUGUCUGGUAUACUUAUGAUAUCCAAGAUAAGAAUGAGGGCCGUAUGGAGUACCGGGGGAAUAAGGAGAAUGACUGCACCCUGACAAUCACAGACCUGAAAUGGAGUGAUACUGCAGCAUAUUAUUUCAUGUUUUCAACAAAAUCCUCCUCUUGGAUUCCUCGCAAUGACUAUGUCACUCUCAUUGUCACAGAACUGCAGGUGGAGGUAACAGACACAAGUAAUAGGAAGACACUGUCCUGUAGCACCACCUGUACUCUGACUGACAACCCCACCUACAUCUGGUACAAGAACGGACAACAUCUAGAUGAGAGCACCUCCCCCCAGUACAGAGACCCAGUCUCCAGUAACUAUGACGACAGUUACUCCUGUACUGUAAAAGGUCAUGAGGAUCUCCUCUCUCCUGCAGUGUGUGUUCAGGGUCAAAGCUGCAACAGAGUGACUUUCACCAAGAGGAGAAUCUGUGUCUUAAAGGGGUCAACAGUGGACAUAUCCUGUACUUAUGUUGGUUAUUAUGACACCACAUCAUCAUUCUGGUUUAGAAGUGAUAAGUCGACCCCUGAAGACCUAACCACAGACCCAGGGUAUGCAGGUCGUGUGGAGUACACUGGAACAUACAGAAGUCCCUUCACCCUGAGAAUCACAGAUCUGAGAGAGGAGGACUCAGCUGAGUAUCGCUUCACUUUUAAAACAGAAGACUUUGAAUGGGGUCAUAGUUUCCCAGGAACAACUCUGUCUGUCACAGGUCUGCAGGUGAAGGUGACUCCUGCUGCAGAGGGACAGAAGACACUGACCUGUAUCACCACCUGUACUCUGACUGACAACCCCACCUACAUCUGGUACAAAAACGGACAACAUCUAGAUGAGAGCACUUCCCCCCAGUACAAAGACUCAGUCUCCAGCAACGAUGAAGACAGUUACUCCUGUGCUGUAAAAGGCCACGAGAAUCUCCACUCGCCUGCAGUGUGUGUUGUGGGUGAGAGCUGUAUGAAUGUGACUUACACCCAUCAGAGUAUCUGUGCUUUGAAAGGGUCAACAGUGGACAUAUCCUGCUUUUACACACAUCCCAGUUGGCAUAACGUCACAGAAGUGUCCUGGUUCAACAAAUGGGAGUCUGGUGUAACUAACGAUCUCAGCCUGAACCCAGAGUAUGCAGAUCGUGUGGAAUACCAUCGACAAACAGAGAAGGACUCCACCCUGAGAAUCACAGACCUGAGAGAGAGUGACUCAACUGAGUACAAGUUCAGAUUUACAACUGAUGAGGCAAGAUGGGGGUACAGCUUCCCUGGAACAACUCUGACUGUCACAGGUUCUCAGGUGGAGGUGACUCCUAAAUGGAGUUCAGAGUCAAAGACACUGACCUGUAGCACCACCUGUACUCUGAGUAACCCCAACACCAUCUAUAUCUGGUACAAGAACGGACAACAUCUAGAUGAGAGCACCUCCCCCCAGUACAAAGACUCAGUCUACACUAACUAUGAAGACAGUUACUCCUGUGCUGUAAAAGGCCAUGAGGAUCUCCUCUCUCCUGCAGUGUGUGUUCAGGGUCAGAGCUGCAACAGAGUGACUUACACCAAGAGGAGAAUCUGUGUCUUGAAGGGGUCAACAGUGGACAUAUCCUGUACUUAUGUUGGUUAUUAUUCCACCACAUCAUCAUUCUGGUUUAGAAGUGAUAAGUCGACCCCUGAAGACCUAACCACAGACCCAGGGUAUGCAGGUCGUGUGGAGUACACUGGAACAUACAGAGGUCCCUUCACCCUGAGAAUCACAGAUCUGAGAGAGGACGACUCAGCUGAGUAUCGCUUCACUUUUAAAACAGACAACUUUGAAUGGGGUCAUAGUUUCCCAGGAACAACUCUGUCUGUCACAGGUCUGCAGGUGAAGGUGACUCCUGCUGCAGAGGGACAGAAGACACUGACCUGUAUCACCACCUGUACUCUGACUGACAACCCCACCUACAUCUGGUACAAGAACGGACAACGUGUAGAUGAGCCCACUUCCCAACAAUACUCUAGUAAUACCCUAGUAGUGUUGGGUCAUUCUGAGGACAGUUACUCCUGUGCUGUAGAACACCAUGAGGACCUCCACUCUCCUGCAGUGUAUGCUCCAAAGAACACCUCAGUGUCAGUCAGUCCCUCUGGUGAAAUAGUGGAGGGCAGUUCAGUGACUCUGACCUGCAGCAGUGAUGCCAACCCACCUGUGGACAAAUACACCUGGUACAAGAAGAACGUAGCCUCACCAAAAGCAUCAGGACAGAGUUACAGCAUCACUAACAUCAGCUCUGAGGGCAGAGGAGAAUAUUACUGUGAGGCUGAGAAUAAAUAUGGACGUCUCAACUCUUCUUCUGUGUCUGUGGACGUUCAGUAUACUACAGCAGUGUUUCUCUGGGUUCCUGUGGUGGGGAUGGGGGCUGCCCUGACUGUUGGAGCUCUUCUUGUCACCAUCUACUGCUAUAUGAAGAGGAGACACACAGGAGGAAGUGAUGACACAGCAGACAGACAGAGUGUCCAUCCUGACCCCAACAGUGACAUGUACACAUCUCUGAACAUGAAGACCAGGUCACCAGAGUAUGACACCCUGGUAAAUGUGAGGGACUUCGCAGUGACACAGCCCUCAGAUACAUGCUGAGCCCUCCGAUUAUGAGAUCUUAAGAGAACCACCACAGAACCUGGACAAAAGAGAACCACCACAGAACCUGGACUGAAGAGAACCACCAAAGAUUCUGUACUGAAUAGAAUCUCCACAGAACCUGGGCAGAAGAGAACCACCAAAUAUUCUGGACUGAAGAGAACCACCACAGAACCUGGACUGAAGAGAACCACCACAGAACCUGGACUGAAGAGAACCACCACAGAACCUGGACUGAAGAGAACCACCAAAGAUUCUGGACUGAAGAGAACCACCACAGAACCUGGGCAGAAGAGAACCACCACAGAACCUGGACCGAAGAGAACCACCACAGAACCUGGACUGAAGAGCAACAGCAUCAAACCAAAGCUAGGCCUCAUAAUGCUAUUCUCUUACGAUGAUAUUGCUUUUUAAUCUAGAAGGUUUGAGACAAUGAGCUUUAACUUUUGUGUAAGUGCUGGAAUUUAGAUUGUUCUCCUAAUGAUAAAUACAGUAUGUGCACUACCAUUCAAAAGUUUGGGGUCGCUUAAAAUGUCCUUGUUUUUGAAAGAAAAGCAAAAAAAAAAGUCCAUUAAAAUAGCAUCUAAUUGAUCAGAAAUGCAGUGUAGACAUUGUUAAUGUUGUAAAUUACUAUUCUACCUGGAAAAUGCAGAUGUUUUAUGGAAUAUCUACAAAGGCGUGCAGAAGCUAAUUAUCAGCAACCAUUACUCCUGUGUUCCAAUGGCACGUUGUGUUAGCUAAUCCAAGUUUAUCAUUUUAAAAGGUAAAUUAAUCAUUAGAAAACCAUAUUGUAAUUAUUUUAGCACAGCUGAAAACUGUUGUGCUCGCUGAUUAAAGAAGCAAUGAAACUGGCCUUUUUUACACUAGUUGAGUAUCUGGAGCAUCAGCAUUUGUGGGUUCAUUUACAGGUUCAACAUGUCAACUUAUCUGUUUACUAUCUGUAGAUUGUAUUGCUUAUCUUUUUUAUGGAAUUUUGCCAAUUCCAGAUUUUUUAUAUAAAGUUAUGUCUUGUCUUAGUGACACAAAAAUGAAUUAUAUUGACAAGAGCUUUUAAAUGUUUGUAUCUCUGGAGUUGUUCCUGAUGUGUUAAAAUAUGUUUUACUUUGUAUUGCUGUCAGUCAUUACUGGUCAUUCUCUAUUUUAUAUUAUGUAAUACUAUAUUGUUCAGUGUCAUGAUAUUGCUUGUUUUAUUUUCAAAUGAUUAAUUAUUCAUUAGUACAUUUAUUUUAGACACAUUGAACACAGUAUAAGCAUCAUGUUGUAAAUGAGAUCAAAGGUAGACAAUAAAUAGACAACAAAUACAUUGA